CAUCCAUCGAAAGCUACAUCCUCAUCCCGCAUCUCCUGGGUCCGGCUACAUCAGGCGUCUUCUUAUUUGCGCCCACGAAGACGUCGACAAUGCCUUGCUGAACACCCGGCUUGUGAGGAAUUAUGCGUGCAGCCUUCAGCUUGGGGCGGAUCUGCCUCAACGCCAGCAGCAUCCCAGCGCGACCACAAAUCCUCCGACACAUCCAAUAUAGCAUUCACAGCGGUCGAGGGAAGCGCGGCUUCCAAAGUAUUUUCGCCAAUGCUCGCCAUACGUUUCGCGGUGCGCCUGCGCCCGUCAAGGGUGGUUCGGCACUGCUUGCGGCAUUGACCCCGGCUGCGUUUGUGAAGAUCGCCAUGGAGGAUGACGACGAGGAGGACCAUGAUGGACGGACACAUGAGGAGCUUAUGUUGGAAAUGUCGCGCCGGGAAUUGGCGGAGCAAGUCCCCAAAAGACUUCAGAAUUCGAAGAAAUACCGCCUCGGGAUCUGGCGGUUUGUCACGACAUGGAUCGUCGAGCCGAUUGCGACGGGAUUCCGGUUCCUACACUUGGUCUUCAUUUUCGUGCCUGUCAUUCUCACGGUCCCGGUGAUCUGGUUUGGGCCUAAGCAACCUGAGCGGGAUGAUGAGCGGAGUGGUACUCUUUGGUGGUAUGGCUUCUUGGUCGCAUCGAUGGAGCGCGCUGGCGCGGCCUUCAUCAAACUGGGUCAAUGGGCUGCAAGUCGAACGGAUAUCUUUCCUACGGAGAUGUGCUCAAUCAUGUCAUCGCUACACUCGAACGCUCCAGCACAUUCACUUGCAGUGUCGAAGAAGACAAUCGAGCGGGCGUUCGGAAUGCCAUUUGAAGACAUCUUUGACGAGUUUCAAGAGAAGCCGCUGGGUGUUGGUGCUAUCGCGCAAGUGUACAAAGCGAAACUUAAACCGAACCUUGCGGUCGAAGACGCCGAUGAGGCUGAUACCCCUCAGACUUUGACCGAGCGAGCGAGGAAGACUGUCGACCCACUACUAAAGAGCAGCCCACAGCGAGUGCCAUCCAGCUACGUGGCGAUCAAGGUUCUACAUCCAAACAUCGAACGGAUCGUGCGCCGUGAUUUGCGCAUCAUGGGAUUCUUCGCAAGCCUCAUAAAUGCUAUUCCGACGAUGGAGUGGCUAUCCUUCCCCGACGAAGUUGAACAAUUCGGCGAAAUGAUGCGACUGCAGUUAGAUUUACGCAUUGAAUCGGCAAACCUCAUCCUCUUCCGCAAGAACUUUCGCAACCGGACCACAGCAUGGUUUCCUUAUCCGUACAGCAGCUAUACCACCAGGCAAGUUCUCGUAGAGGAGUUCGCGACUGGAAUUCCACUUGAACACUUCUUGCAAAAUGGCGGAGGCGUCUUUCAGAAGGAAAUUGCCGACGAAGGAUUAGAUGCAUUUAUGCACAUGUUGCUUAUUGACAACUUCAUUCACGCCGAUCUGCAUCCCGGAAACAUCAUGGUUCGCUUCUAUGAGCCUGCAACGAUACAGUCUCACACCAAACUCAACCUCCACCUCCGCCCAAAACCCAAGUCCAACCCUGAGGAUUCCAAGGAUGUAACCGAAGAAGUACUAGAGCGUCUUCGCCCUCAUCGCCAUGAUAAAGAGAAGUGGACCAGCACCCUGGCUCAAAUCGACCACGAAGGUUAUCGACCCCAACUCAUUUUCAUCGACACCGGCCUCGUCACCGAGCUCAACGACGUCAACCGCAACAACUUCCUCGACCUCUUCAAAGCCAUCGCUGAAUUCGACGGCUACAAAGCCGGACGACUCAUGGUUGAACGCUGCCGACAACCCGACGCCGUGCUAGACAAGGAGGUAUUUGCAUUACGCAUGCAGCAUCUUGUGCUGGGCGUCAAGAGCAACACCUUCUCGCUCGGAAACAUCCAAAUCGGCGAUAUUCUGAAUGAAGUCCUGAGCAUGGUCCGUGGCCACCACGUGCGGCUCGAGGGUGACUUCGUCAAUGUCGUGUUGUCGAUUCUGCUCCUGGAGGGCAUUGGUCGGAGCCUCAACCCGGAUCUGGAUCUUUUCUCAGGAGCACUCCCGAUCCUCCGCCAACUCGGUGCACAGAGCAGUUCCUCGAUCUUGAAAUCCGGCGACCUCUCCAUGGUGAAAGUCUGGGCAGGACUUGAAGCGAGGAAAUUCUUGCAGGCGAGCAUUGAGAGCGUGGAGGCUUGCGUCAAAUAUGAUCAGUUGUCGCCGAACUUUUAGAUGAAUGUUGCAAAUGCUAUAUUGAGUAACGAUGAAUCAAACACGAUGUAUAUUGAAAGGGUGGAAUGCAACCUUGGAGGUUGUAGUUGUCCCGUGGGUGUGUAGAUAUUCCCUCCAGUGUAAACAUAUCUCCACAAUUGUAUCUGUUCCAC